GCUGCCGAGGCCGUGGAUCCGGACGGGCGUCUGGGCUGGGAAGAGCCGGGGGGCCGCGGCUGACAUGGAGCAGCCCUGCCGCUGAGCCCCAGCGUGCCCGCCCAGAGAGGCCGUCCAGGAUGAGCAAGCUGCCUGGGGAGCUGGCCCGAGACCUGGAGCGCAGCCUGCCCGCAGUGGCCUCCCUGGGCUCAUCGCUGUCCCACAGCCAGAGCUUGUCUUCGCACUUCCUGCCGCCACCGGAGAAGCGCAGCGCCAUCUCCGAUGUCCGCCGCACAUUCUGCCUCUUUGUCACCUUCGACCUGCUCUUCAUCUCCCUGCUCUGGAUCAUUGAGCUGAACACCAAUGCUGGCAUCCGAAAGAGCCUGGAGCAGGAAAUCGUCCAUUACGAGUUCAAAACCUCCUUCUUUGACAUCUUUGUCCUGGCCUUCUUCCGCUUCUCGGGACUACUCCUAGGUUAUGCAGUGCUGAGGCUCCGCCACUGGUGGGUGAUCGCGAUCACCACACUGGUGUCUAGCGCCUUCCUCAUUGUCAAGGUCAUCCUCUCAGAGCUGCUCAGUAAAGGCGCAUUUGGAUACCUGCUCCCCAUCGUCUCCUUUGUUCUGGCCUGGCUGGAGACCUGGUUCCUUGACUUCAAAGUCCUACCCCAAGAGGCUGAGGAAGAGCGUUGGUAUCUCGCUGCCCAGGCGGCUGUGGCCAGUGGACCCCUCCUCUUCUCUGGGGCACUCUCUGAGGGCCAGUUCUAUUCACCCCCAGAGUCCUUUGCAGGAUCUGAUGAUGACUCAGAUGAAGAUGCUGUGGGGAAGAAGAAUUUCUCUGCUCAGGAGCGAGAGUACAUUCGCCAGGGGAAGGAGGCCAUGGCUGUGGUGGACCAGAUCUUGGCCCAGGAGGAGAACUGGAAGUUUGAGAAGAACAAUGAAUAUGGGGACACUGUGUCCACCAUCGAGGUUCCCUUUCAUGGAAAGACAUUUAUUCUGAAGACCUUCCUGCCGUGCCCUGCGGAGCUAGUCUACCAGGAGGUGAUCCUGCAGCCUGAGAGGAUGGUGCUCUGGAACAAGACAGUGACUGCCUGCCAGAUCCUGCAGCGAGUGGAAGACAACACGCUCAUCUCCUAUGACGUGUCUGCAGGUGCUGCGGGUGGAGUGGUCUCCCCCAGGGACUUCGUGAAUGUCCGUCGCAUCGAGCGGCGCCGAGACCGAUACCUGUCAUCAGGCAUUGCCACCACCCACAGCACCAAACCUCCAACACACAAAUACGUCAGGGGAGAGAAUGGUCCUGGAGGCUUCAUCGUGCUCAAGUCUGCCAGCAAUCCCCGGGUCUGCACCUUCAUCUGGAUCCUGAACACAGACCUCAAGGGCCGCUUGCCCCGGUACCUUAUCCACCAGAGCCUCGCAGCCACCAUGUUCGAAUUCACCUUUCACCUGCGGCAGCGCAUCAGUGAGCUGGGAGCCCGGGCCUGAACUGCACCCCUUGUCACCCUGCGGGCCAGGGUCCAGUCGCCACAGUGUCAAGCCAGAGCAGAGCCAGCUGGGUUUCCACUGCCCACCACAGAGGACCUGGCCAGACUCACAGCAGAGGAAGAUGCCUCUUGUGCUGCUCCAGUUUGCUGAGCUUACCUAGCAGCCUGUGUGCCCUGGGGCUUGGCCGGAGCAGUCUCUGUCCUGUCCUGCCUCAGUGCUCACCUCCCUGAGACUUGCUGCCCCUGGCUCAUAAGGCAUCUGGAACUGUUAUGGGGAGGACAGAGCCUCGGGCAGGCUUGCUGGUUGAUGGUGAGGGCGCCGGAGUCGUUUCAUUCACCUGCUCUUAUAACUUUUUUUUAGAUGUCAGGGGUCCAGGACCUUUACCCACACACCCCUGCUGGGGAUCGCCAGUGGGACAGGGUGCUGGCGAGGAACUCUGCUGCUCCCUACCUCCGGGGCCUCUGUGGGACCUUUGUAAUUUGAGCCAAUUAAAAACAUGAACUCACAAAAAA